GGGGACUCCCCGAGCCCCGCCCCGCCCCGCCCCCCGGGGUCCCAGCGAGGGCCCCGGCAGAGGCAGAGGCGGCGCCUGCGCCUUGCCGCCCAAGAACCACCAGUGGUUCUCAACUCCGCUCUGAAGAUGGCGGACCACGCUUUUGCGGGUAUCAGUGGCAACACAUCUUUGAGGAGUCUACGCGAACGCUUGGCUGCCAUGGCUCAAGAGCUAGCCGAAGAACGGCGACGUAAACGUGGUAUUAAUUCUUCUGCAGUUACUACUAAGAGAUCUUCAUGUACACCUGUUUUAGAUGGUUCUGUUCUUAAAAAUGAUAUCAAACAGCAAUUAGCCAAAGAACGCAGAGAAGAGAGGAAACGUCAGCAAGAGGCCAACAAGGAAAAACAACUGCUUGAGAAAGAACAAAAGGCUAAGGUACAGUAUGAAAAACAGUUGGAAGAAAGACACCGCAAACUGAGAGAACAGAAGGAAAAGGACGAACGCCGCCGAGUAUCUGCAGAAGAAAAAAGAAAACAGAAACAGGCGGAAGACAAGGAAAAAUUCAAGGCUGUUGUGUCUCGUACUAUGGAGCGAUGCAAUCGUGCUGACCAACGACAGAAAAGGUGGUCGUGGGAGGGAGGUGCGAGCAGCACUGACAAAUCUGGAAAAACAGAAAGUAAACGAAGUUCCUCUCUGAGUAGAAAAGACAACCAAUUACAUCCCAGUGUUGCUAUGGACCACGUGGACAACACGCCUGGCAUGACCAAAUAUGUUUUCCGCUAUGUGACUGUACCGAUGUUUACCAGUGAUGAGCUAAAGUCUUCCACAAUGUUCUGUAAAUCAUCAGUAAAAAUGCCAGUUCCAGCAAAAUUAGAAAUAACACCCACAAAGAAAGUAGAAACACCUCUCAAGGAAGAUGUGGAAAGACCAACAAAGGUGAAUGCAGAAACCCUACCCAAGAUGAACAUGAAAGUAACCUCUCAGGCAAACUUGGAAGGACCAUUGAAGGCUAACAUGGAAAAAGCAUUCCAGAACAUGGAGGACAUCUCUGAAGUGAAGGUAGACGUUUCCCCCGAGGUGAAUAAGGAAGUGCUCGCUGAUGUGGACUCAACAAGGCACCCAGAAUCAAAUGUUGAAGACAUCCCCACUGUGAAUGGGGAUGCUCCCUCAAGUGUUGAACCGUCCCCCAUUGUGAGCGAGGGUUCAUCCCCUGUCCUGAGUACCGGAUCAUCCUCCUUCAUGAGUGUGGAAAUAUCUCCUGUUGUCAGCAUGGAUGCCUCACCUGAGGCAAGCAUAGAUACCUCACCAGAAUUAAGUACGGACUCAGUAAGUGCUGUGGCCUCAGAAGGAAAUCUAGAAACAUCUCCUAAGACCAGUGGGGGAUUAAACCUUGAGAAAAGUGUGGAAGCCCAGCCUAAGAUGAAUGUUGAAGCCUCACCACCCAAGAACCCGGAAGUGGGAAAAAGAAGCAUAAACCUUACCACCAAGAAACAACUACCAUCCCAUAUACCAUGUUACAGAUGGCCAUCAUCUCCCACACUUGGGUGGCGCCCACCUUCUCCCAUGAAGGCUGUCAGGCAGAAUCAAAAGAUCCGACCUCCAUCUCCUUUGCCAGUCUCAUCAAGACUAUCAACGAAGACUUCUCUACUGUAUAAAGUAACCCCGGUUCAGAAUAUCCUGUAUGUGCCAAAUGCAUUAAGUAUGAUAACAAAGAAAAAAGAAAUCGUCCAAAAGCGUAUGAUCAACAUAGAAUCUGGCAAUAGAAGUAUGCCAAGCAGUGAAUCGGCCAUGAAAGUUUCCGUAGAGAUGCACCAUGAUGCUUUUGAACAAAAAGGCGAAAAGGAGAGUGAAGAAGUCCAGAAAGAGACAAAGCAAAGUACUGCUAAAAAAUCACAAGGUAUGGCAGAGAGAGCGGAAGAAGUCCCAGCAGAAUCAUCACCUCGCAAAGAUGAGCAGCAAGGAAAAGAUCUGACAGUGAGACAUUUCGAGCCAGCGAAAGAGCAGAAGGAACAGCUACAGAAAGGGAAUAACACCAUGAUGAAAUCUCAAGACAUUGCUGAAACAAGAAAAAAGGAACAGGAAAAGAUUAUGCUACAAAAUUUGCAAGAAAGAUUAGAAAGGAAAAAGAGGGUUGAAGAAAUAAUGAAGCGGACAAGGAAGACAGAUGUGAAUGCCUCAAAGGCUUCCGAAAUAUCUAGUAAUUGCCUGUCCGAAGAGGAUGAAGCUGAUGAUGAAGGCGAAGAAAGUGAUGAGGACUCCCUUGAGAUGUUUCCAUCAGGAAUGAAAACAUUAAGCAAGCACAAAAAGUUUCACAAAAAUGCCAAAAGAAGGCCUCAAAAGCUAGUGUUUUUGCAGGCAGGAUCGGAUAAGGUGGAUACGGAGAAGAAAAUACAUUUUAAUGGGAACACGAAAGCUGCCAAACAAAAUGACCCAAAGGACUCCACAACUCAAGCAAAGGGCAUUAAGAUGCCUACCAAAAAACCACCUACCCGAACAGUAAGAACCAGGAAAACAAGGGAAGCCAAUCCCACCAUCCGAUCUGCUCUAAGUGUCACCACCAAUCAGGAGUGGGUUUGUGACAAAAUUAUAGACUUUAGUCACAUGACCGAAUCACCUGUGACAAAGACCACUGCUGGUAGCAGCAGACAAAAUUCGAAGGAUUCUAUGACAACUCACCAAGAUCCUCAGGCACCUCUGGGCGGUAAGAAAAGAGGAAAAUCUGUUUCUGCUCCUUUGACAAAGGUUUUGUCGCACCUUCACCUAGCUGGAGGAACAACUGAUCUUGAAAAUCCCUUUGCCUAUGGCUCUUCCAGGAUGGCAUUUGGAGGAGAGGAAGAAGACAGUGAUAUAUAAACCCCAUGGAGCCUAGGGGAUUGAUCACCUUCCACUCUGUGUUAAAACUCCCAAGGCCAAGACUUAAAAUUGUCUUCUUCAUGCUUGAAACUGGCAAAGGAAUCUACCAUCAAAAACCAGGAAAACAAAAAAUCCAUGCAAUAGUCACCUUAUUCUCUAGUGAGAGUUUUAAGUAAAGAGAUUUCUGUUUUCCUUGACAAAACUCUCUUGUCUCUUUCUUGGGCUUUCUAUCAAUAGGUGUAUGUGAAGGGAUUCCUCAAGGGUGUUUUCAUUAAAUGAUCAUUUUCAGCCCCUCAAAAAAUCCUAUUAAAGGAGUGUCUCUAUUCCAGGAUCUCUUUGAAACCCUAACAGAGUUGAUUCUGGUAAAUGGGGAUGCUACUUCAACAGCUAGAAACACAGUCUGAUCUCGUAGAGCAUAACAGAUUGUGUGAGCAACUCAGUGUUCACUACACUUCUGUCCCAGUGUUCCCAAUAGACCGCAAAGGUUACGGAGCAGCACAGCAUUAUUCCCUGUACACACGUACACUUUUUAAACUUAGCUCUCAUCCCUGUCCAGUGCUGAUACCCCAAAUGCCAGAACCAGAAAAUCUAAGUUUGGAGCCAUCAAUAUCUUUUAUGCUCUCAUCAGUGGUUCAUCUUGAAGUACCUAGCGGGAUUUAUGCACAAAGUGAGCUGUAUUUUGUUGCAACAGUACUUGGCUGUUGUCUCACAGAGUACGAUUAAUUCCUUUAAAUAUUGUGUACUUAGAGCCUUUUCUGACUUACUUCCCAGGCCUGUCCUUCAGGGUCCACUCAGGCUUGGGACAUAGAUACAAGUAUGCUAUUCUUCAGUUCUGCUGCCAGGCACGUGGACAUACACAUGUGUGCAUUGGCACAUGUGCACACAAAGGUGAUGUGAGUCCACCCAACUAGAAAACACAUUCCUGGUCCUAACACCAGCAAGCUUCAGUGUUGAGUCACAAAUGCUUUAAAAUAGACCAAUGUUCCUUUGGCCACCAAUCUUGGAUUCCCAAAGGAGAUAAUUUUAUGUUCUGAUUCUUGGUCCUUUGCUACCUUUGGUAUGUAUUAGGGCAGGAGGCCUUAGGUUUAAAGUCUAUUUUUAGAUACUGCUUCUUACGUGUAGACAUCAAAAGGCAAUCAUCCUAAAAGAUGAGCUUCUGAUGUUUUUAUCUACAAAUGUCAUGUGCUGAAUGAAAUACUUUCUGUAAGUAUGUGCCAUA